AUGGAGAGACACACAGAGGCAGGCUCUGAACCAGCGCUGGGGGACCAGAGGGUCCUAAUUGACAAUCCUGCUGACGUUCUGGUCAUCGCUGCUUAUUUCCUGCUGGUCCUUGGUGUUGGCUUGUGGUCCAUGUGCAGGACCAACAGAGGCACCGUUGGCGGCUACUUCCUGGCAGGACGAAGCAUGAUCUGGUGGCCGGUUGGAGCCUCCCUGUUCGCCAGCAACAUCGGCAGUGGCCACUUUGUCGGCCUCGCUGGGACGGGUGCGGCCAGUGGCUUGGCUGUGGCUGGAUUCGAGUGGAAUGCGCUGUUCGUGGUGCUGCUCCUUGGCUGGCUCUUCGCCCCCGUGUACCUGACCGCCGGUGUCAUCACCAUGCCUCAGUACCUGCGCAAGCGCUUCGGUGGUCGUCGUAUCCGCCUCUACCUGUCCGUGCUCUCGCUUUUCCUGUACAUCUUCACCAAGAUCUCGGUGGACAUGUUCUCCGGGGCCGUAUUCAUUCAGCAGGCUCUGGGCUGGAACAUCUACGCCUCCGUCAUCGCGCUCCUGGGCAUCACCAUGGUUUACACGGUGACAGGAGGACUGGCAGCGCUGAUGUACACGGACACGGUGCAGACCUUCGUCAUUCUUGGGGGGGCCCUCAUCCUCAUGGGUUACGCCUUCCACGAGGUGGGCGGGUAUUCGGGUCUCUUUGACAAGUACCUGGGAGCAGUGGCUUCGCUGACGGUGUCUGAGGAUCCAGCCGUAGGCAACAUCUCCAGGUCUUGCUACCGACCCCGGCCGGACUCCUACCACCUACUCCGGGACCCUGUGACAGGGGACCUGCCGUGGCCCGCACUGCUUGUGGGGCUCACCAUUGUUUCUGGCUGGUACUGGUGCAGCGACCAGGUGAUAGUGCAGCGCUGCCUGGCAGGAAAGAACCUGACUCACAUCAAGGCAGGUUGCAUCUUGUGCGGUUACCUGAAGCUGAUGCCCAUGUUCCUCAUGGUCAUGCCAGGCAUGAUCAGCCGAAUUCUCUACCCGGAUGAAGUGGCCUGUGUGGUGCCUGAGGUGUGCAAGCGGGUGUGUGGCACGGAGGUGGGCUGCUCCAACAUCGCCUACCCACGGCUUGUGGUGAAGCUCAUGCCCAAUGGUCUCCGUGGACUCAUGCUGGCAGUCAUGCUGGCUGCGCUCAUGUCCUCACUCGCCUCCAUUUUCAACAGCAGCAGCACGCUUUUCACCAUGGACAUCUACACCUGCCUGCGGCCUCGUGCGGGCGACGGGGAGCUGCUGCUAGUUGGACGGCUCUGGGUAGUGUUCAUUGUGGCAGUGUCUGUGGCUUGGCUGCCGGUGGUGCAGGCUGCUCAGGGUGGGCAGCUUUUCGAUUACAUCCAGUCGGUCUCCAGCUACCUGGCGCCCCCCGUGUCCGCAGUCUUCGUGCUCGCAGUCUUCGUGCCUCGCGUAAACGAGAAGGGAGCCUUCUGGGGGCUGAUCGGGGGCUUGCUGAUGGGCCUGGCACGCCUCAUUCCCGAGUUCUCCUUUGGCACGGGCAGCUGCGUGCGGCCCUCAGCAUGCCCAGCGCUCCUCUGCCAAGUGCACUACCUCUACUUCGCCAUCGUGCUCUUCGUCUGCUCUGCCCUACUCACCCUCGCAGUCUCCCUGUGCACUGCGCCCAUUCCACGAAAACAUCUCCACCGCCUGGUUUUCAGUCUCCGGCACAGCGAAGAGGAACGGGAGGACCUGGAUGGUGCGGAACUGGAAGAGCCCACCUCUUCCCCUGUACAGAACGGGCGCCCAGAACAAGCGGUGCAGAUGGAGGAGCCCUGGACCCCAGCCCCAGCCCCAGGCCCAUUCCGCCAGUGCCUGCUGUGGCUCUGCGGCAUGAGCAGGGGUCAGGCAGGCAGCCCUCCACCCCCGACGGAGGAAGAGGUUGCUGUGACCACUGGGCGGCUGGAGGACAUCAGCGAGGACCCGACUUGGGCCCGCGUGGUCAACCUCAAUGCCCUGCUCAUGAUGACCGUGGCCACGUUCCUCUGGGGCUUCUAUGCAUAA